CCUCCCAGGCACCAGUGAGCAAAGGGGAAGCAGCCAGCACAACUAUCCUUCCUUGCCCAUCUCUGUGGAAACAAGCUGUGAGACAAGUCAGGAUUGCCUCACCAUGGAGCAGCUGAGCUUGGCCAACACCCGGUUCGCAGUGGACCUCUUCCGCACCCUGAAGGACAACAACCCCUCCGGGAACAUCUUCAUCUCCCCCAUAAGCAUUUCCUCGGCGCUGGCCAUGGUCUUCCUGGGGGCCAGAGGCACGACCGCGGCACAGAUGUCCAAGACUCUUCAGUUCGAUGCGGUUAAGGAGAUUCAUUCCAGUUUCCAGAGUCUGAUUGCUGAUAUCAACCAUCCCAGAGCUUCCUAUAUUCUGAAACUUGCUAACAGGUUAUAUGGAGAGAAAACCUAUGAGAUCCUCCCUGAGUUCUUAGCUUCAACCCAGAAAAUGUAUGGAGCUGAACUGGCCAGUGUAGAUUUUCAGCGAGCCUCUGAAGAUGCAAGAAAGAUGAUAAACACGUGGGUCAAAGGGCAGACUGAAGGGAAAAUUCCAGAAUUGUUGGCUGCAGGCGUGGUUGAUAAUAUGACUAAACUUGUGCUAGUUAAUGCCAUCUAUUUCAAAGGAAACUGGCAGGAGAAAUUCAGUCAAAAGGCCACAACCGAUACACCUUUCAGAUUGAAUAAGAAAGACACAAAAACAGUGAAAAUGAUGUAUCAGAAGAGCAAAUUCCCAUUUGGCUACAUCGAGGACCUUAAGUGCCGGGUGCUGGAGCUGCCUUACCAGGGCAGGGAGCUCAGCAUGGUCAUCCUGCUGCCAGAUGACAUCGAGGACGAGGCCACGGGUCUGAAGAAGAUCGAAGAACAAUUGACCUUGGAAAAACUGCAUGAGUGGACCAAACCUGAGAAUCUGAGUUCCACUGAAGUCAAUGUCUACCUGCCCAGGUUCAAGCUGGAAGAGAGCUACAACCUCAACUCUCACCUGGCCAGCCUGGGUAUAGAGGAUCUCUUUACUACCAGGGCUGAUCUGUCUGGCAUGUCAAGAGCCAGAGAUCUUUUUGUAUCAAAAAUUAUACACCAAUCUUUUUUGGAAGUAAAUGAGGAGGGCACAGAGGCCUCAGCUACAACAUUUGCAAUUGGCAUGGGUUGCUCGCUUAUGCCAGUGGAAAAUUUUGUGGCCGACCAUCCAUUCAUUUUUUUCAUUCGACACAAUCCCUCAACUAACAUCCUGUUCUUAGGCAGACUUUCUUCCCCAUAG